GUUACAAACAAAGAUAUGUUCGGUUGGUCUGAUGAUGAAGAAGAAGAAGAAGAUCAAGAAAGAGAGCUUUCUCCAUCUCAUACGAAAUCAAGUAUUGUCACGCCAUGCGCGACAAUCGUACACUUUCUUUCAAGCAUGCGUGACAGAGACUCAUUCAAGUGAAUUUCAAACAUCCGCAAAUCUUUUGUGCAUAAAUCGCCUAGUAAAAUGCAGAUUUCUUUCUCAUUACGUGAACAAUCGUGUUUAAGACAAAGCAGUUAUAUUCAAAAAGCCACCUGCCUUGGAAGAAACAGAUUUCUGAAAAACAUCGAGACGACACGUGAAAAAGACCUUACUUCGGUCGAUGUUGGCGCUGAGACUACAGAAUACAUUUUACCUUGAGAUAUUACGAGUCUUCCCGUUAUUGGUCGAGGCUAACAUUUACGGAGCAUAAACUGAGACAGGGACGUGAUACUUAAAGAAGGGAAGACUUUCAGAGAGCAUAGGUUGUAAUAACUCGUCAAGAGUUACCAUAAGUUGUUUUAGCUCCAAAGAAAGAUGAAGUUGGGGAAUUUGUAUCUAUUUUUGCUCAUUUGUUGUCUUCACAUCGCUGUACUUGGAGUCAGCCCUGUUAGAAAACUUACCUCAGAGGACUUGAAAAACAUUGGGGAAUCCACGAACCAAGAUUACAUUGCUGUUUUCUUUGAUAAACCAUCUAUCAGACAGGGGAAUCCAAAGUUUGCCAAAGAAUUUGACAAAUCGUCGGACAUUUUAGAGUCAUUUGGAAUUGAAUUAUGCAAGGUAAACUGUGCAGAAGAGUCCAUUUCUCAAUGUUCUAAUAAGGAACGAAACAUUUUCGUGUACAGGAAGGGCGAUCCGAUUCCUUCAGAAGGAAUCGAUGUCAGCCACUUGUUCGACGAAGAUUCGAUCGUGGCUAACCUCUUACAGUAUGUGUUAACUGAUCACUACUAUUUCAUUUUUGACGAAGACUCAUUUUAUAGAGUUCUUGCUGUAGAACAGGGAUAUAAAGAUGUCGUCAUCUGUUAUGUCAAAGGACUAGGAAUAAAAGAGCAUCGACACUUCCUUGAAUUAGUGCAUUACUUUAAAAACGAGGCGUUCUUUGGUCUCACAACAGAUGAAGAAUUGAUGAAGAAAAUUGGUCUCUUCACAAACCAAAAGGCAGCUGUAUAUCUUUUUCACUGUAAACAAAUGAAAAAUACCCAAGACAAAUGCCCAUCCACCAAGUUUACAGGAAAAGUUGAAAAAACUCCAUUGAUAAGAUUCGUAAGGAGCCAAGAACUUCCAAAAUAUGUAAUUCUUCCAAGUAACAGAUCAACUGUGUUUGACUCCCUGCAACCCCCUGUCGACAAAUUGUUUGUAUUCACGGAUAAAGUUGCUGAUCUUGACACAAAGGAGAUUGAGCAAAUGGCUCUAGAGUUUCAAGGUGUUAUUGGAGUGAUACUUGUCAAUGUAAAUGACCAAAAAGACAUGUUAGCGUCGUUUGGUUUGGCCCAAGACAGCAAUUUUCCAACAGCAGCUUUUGUAGCAGCAAAGAGAGAUGGUGAUAACAGGACAUAUAUAGAAUUGUUCCCUGAAAAUAUCGCAAGAUUUACUUUAAAUAAUUUGAAACAUUUCAUCAAACCUUUGAUAGAUAAUCCUACUGCUGAGUACAACAGAAUUGCCGAGGCCUCGUCUCUUCAGAAGCUCACAUACGCAAGCUACAAAGACGCUAUGAAAAGCCUGGAUACGAACUAUCUCUUUGCACUGGACUUUUUGAUGGUAGUUUUCUGCAAGGAAGACCACGAACCCUGUGAGAAAUUUUCCAGAACGUUACGACGUAUCGUUCGCACUUUUGAUAGGGGUGGAGAGGGAAGAAUCACCUUUGCAUAUGUCAAGACCACGCGGCAGAAAAAGAUGUUUGAGGGAGAAAAGUUACCUGUUGUUUAUCUGUAUUUGACCAAGUCCGAAGACGAUUUCAUCCAGUACACAAGUGAACUUGAAUAUGAAGCAAUGAUGAAAUUCAUAACCGACCAUACAAAGAUCAAGAGGCCUGUUUCACUGCCUGCAAGCUUGUCAGAUGAGGCACUAAUUUCAUUCCCACACACCAACGAAGAAAACGAAGAUAGCGAAGAAUAUAUCGACAAACUAGACGAGGAGGAGGAGAGCGAAUCGGAGACAUCUCAAAGCAGUGAAGAAUCUGUGGAUGAAGUUUAUUUACCAGAGGAAGAGACAGAAGACGAUGAAGUUUCGGAGGCAGUUCUAAAGGCAAAACCCACUGUUGUACCUGAGACCCUGGUGCCUGCAUUGACUGACAAAACGUUUGAUGCCGUCAAGAAAGAAAAUGAUCUAUUGGUAGUGGACUUCUUCCAACCAUGGGAUGCACGUUGUAAAGCUUUUCUACAACCAUAUGUUGAUGCUGCUACACACAUAAGAAAUUUGGAUGUGGGAAACUUCGCCAUCAAAUUGGCUCGUGUGAAUUGUUUUGAUUGGACCGAUGUUUGCCAGUCGAAUAACAUUACGAUUUAUCCCACAAUCAAGAUGUACCGUAAAGAUUCUGACGAAAUCACUUACAGAGGACCGUUAGACAGCGAUCAUCUGGCUAAAGCCGUUUUGUUGCUUCAACCUAAUCAGCCUCUGGCGCUAGACAACAAAGAUGCCGUGGAAAUGUUUCUAGAUGGUCGAUUUCCCUCCUUGGCAAAGACCGCGACUGACAUAGCAGUUGUGGGCAUGUUUUUGGAUAGGAGUGACAAAGAAUUUGAAGCGUUUGAAGCUGCAGCUAAAUCCCUACACGGCAAGUUUCUUAUGGGUUACGUAACAAGCGAGACAGCGGAAACACUAUCAGCUGAAUACGGCCUGAAGCUGCCCGCCAUUAUGGCGUAUAAACGAAAUGAUCCAUUCAAAUCAGUGGACGUAUUUGAACCCAAGUUCACCCCACAGGCCAUUGUUGAUUUUGUUCUAGGCGCAAGCUUGCCGUCAUUUGGUGAGCUGACACCUUUCAAUCUUCCAACAUACUUAUCAUACAAAAAGCCACUACUGAUAGUUUUCCGAGCUGAUAGUGAAGACUCCGUCAUAACACCUGUCAUGACAAGGCUCGCACGCGACAAGUCGCUGCCAUCUAUUUUCCUUUGCUGGAUGCCCGUAUAUUCUGACAAAGAUGUAAACGCUGAAAUCUUGAAGUCAUACGCAGGAACCAGUGAUUCUCUUCCCGCAUUGGUCUUGGUGAAUCACGAAAAGGGAACGGUGCAUCUCUUCAAAAACGAAGUUACAAAGCAAGCAGUAAAAAACUGGGUGGAGAGCAUUCUUACCGGAAAGGAGCAACCCUCUCGGCUCUUCGCCGAUGGUGAGUGGAAACCGCGUUUGGAGGGAUACGAUUUCCUCCGAAUGAUAGACGAAGAGGAAGAGGAAAAAGAAAGACAACGAUUGAAAAAAAAGAAAGUAGAACGAGCUCUCAAAGAAAAGGACGAUAUCGACGAAGAGGAACCAAAUUGGUCACCACCGGAAGCAAACGAGGUUGAAAAGCGUGACCGGAAGCCAAACCGCCUAAGACGACCGGAAUUAAGGAUUACACGUCGAGAUGAACUCUGAUCAGAUGUUUGAAUGGAGAUUAUUUUAAUUGAUUGUUUGCAUUCAGAAGUUUUACCUACUUAUGCAGCUGGAGGCAAGCAGUUACAGAUUUUCCCGCUAAAAUCAACUUCCGGUUGAUUUUAAGUACUGUCGUCUACUUGAAUAGAAAUUUGUAACGGUCAAAUGCUUAAUUUAAUUUUACAGAAUACGAAUUCGAGAUAUAAAUAUUCCGUCUAUCGUUUCUGUCAACUUAAAUGUAGAAAACCUGUACAAAUGAAUGAAUAAAUAUCCCCUUCUUGCGAGA